CAGGGAGAGAGGAGCGAAGAGAGCAAAAGGCAGCAAGAGAACCGGGCCUCCUGCAUACCCUCAGCUUCCACUUGCCAGUUCUUCACUGUGCAGUGGCAGCGUGUGGGCGUACAUACAAACACAGGUUUUGGAGACCUCUUCUGCAUCACACCUCUAUUCUAAUAAUCCUCUGAGUGUCAUCUCAGGACCUUGGUCACACUCAUGGCACGAUGGCCAACCCUCAGGAGCACCUGAGCUGCUCCUCUUCUCCACAUUUACCCUUGAGUGAAAACAAAACCUUCAGUGGACUGCAGGAUGAGCUUGCAGCUAUGGGGAACCACCCUCCACCCAAGCUCCUUGAGGACCAGCAGGAAAGGGGGGUUGUGCGAACAGAGCUAAUUGAGAACAUGAACAGCCCUGUCACCACAACAGUGUUGACCAGUGUGAGUGAGGAUUCCAGGGACCAGUUUGAGAACAGUGUUCUUCAGCUAAGGGAACAAGAUGAAUCAGAGAUGGCUGUGUCUCAUGGGAACAGUGGCACUGUGGAUGGGGAGAACACGAGUGGAACUGAAGACAUCAAGAUUCAGUUCAGCAGGUCGGGCAGCGGCAGUGGGGGGUUUCUUGAAGGCCUGUUUGGAUGCUUAAGGCCUGUAUGGAACAUCAUUGGGAAGGCCUACUCCACUGAUUACAAAUUGCAGCAGCAAGAUACUUGGGAAGUGCCAUUUGAGGAGAUCUCAGAGCUGCAGUGGCUGGGUAGUGGAGCCCAGGGAGCUGUCUUCUUGGGCAAAUUCCGAGCAGAGGAAGUGGCCAUCAAGAAAGUGAGAGAACAGAAUGAGACGGAUAUCAAGCACUUGAGGAAGUUGAAGCACCCUAACAUCAUCGCAUUCAAGGGUGUUUGUACUCAGGCCCCAUGUUAUUGUAUCAUCAUGGAAUACUGUGCCCACGGACAACUUUAUGAAGUCUUGCGAGCUGGCAGGAAGAUCACACCUCGAUUACUAGUAGACUGGUCCACAGGAAUUGCAAGUGGAAUGAAUUAUUUGCACCUCCAUAAAAUUAUUCAUCGUGAUCUCAAAUCACCUAAUGUUUUAGUGACUCACACAGAUGCAGUAAAAAUUUCAGAUUUUGGUACAUCUAAGGAACUCAGCGAUAAAAGUACCAAGAUGUCUUUUGCUGGCACAGUUGCAUGGAUGGCACCAGAAGUGAUACGGAAUGAACCUGUCUCUGAAAAAGUUGAUAUAUGGUCUUUUGGAGUGGUGCUUUGGGAGCUGCUGACAGGAGAGAUCCCCUACAAAGAUGUAGAUUCAUCAGCCAUUAUUUGGGGUGUUGGAAGCAACAGCCUACACCUUCCAGUUCCUUCUACUUGCCCUGAUGGAUUCAAAAUCCUUAUGAAACAGACAUGGCAAAGUAAGCCUCGGAAUCGACCUUCUUUUCGGCAGACACUCAUGCAUUUAGAUAUCGCAUCUGCAGAUGUACUUGCCACCCCACAGGAAACUUACUUCAAGUCUCAGGCUGAAUGGAGAGAAGAAGUGAAAAAACACUUUGAGAAGAUCAAAAGUGAAGGAACUUGUAUACACCGAUUAGAUGAAGAGUUGAUUCGGAGGCGCAGAGAAGAGCUCAGACAUGCUUUGGAUAUUCGUGAACAUUAUGAAAGAAAACUUGAGCGAGCUAAUAAUUUAUACAUGGAACUGAGUGCCAUCAUGCUGCAGCUGGAAAUGCGGGAGAAGGAGCUCAUUAAGCGAGAACAAGCCGUAGAAAAGAAGUAUCCAGGGACCUACAAACGACACCCUGUCCGUCCAAUAAUCCACCCCAAUGCCAUGGAGAAACUCAUGAAAAGGAAGGGUGUGCCCCACAAACCUGGGGUGCAGACCAAGCGGCCAGAUCUGUUGAGAUCAGAAGGUAUCCCCAGUACAGAGGUGGCUCCCACUGCAUCCCUUUUGUCUGGAAGUCCCAAAAUGUCCACCUCAAGCAGCAAGAGCCGAUAUCGGAGCAAACCACGCCACCGCCGGGGGAAUAGUAGAGGCAGCCAUAGUGACUUUGCAGCAAUCUUGAAAAACCAACCAACCCAGGAAAAUUCACCCCAUCCCUCUUACCUCCAUCAGGCUCCAUCCCAGCACCCUUCUCUCCAUCACCAUCACCCUCUGCAGCAACAAUACCAGCAACCCCCUCCUGCCCUGUCUCAGAGUCACCAUUCCAGACUCGGGAUGCACGGACAGGACAUUGCAACCUGCGCCAACAACCUGAGGUAUUUUGGCCCAGCAGCAGCCCUGCGGAGCCCCCUCAGCAACCAUGCUCAAAGACAGAUGCCUGGCUCUAGCCCUGACCUCAUCUCCACAGCCAUGGCAGCAGAUUGCCGGAGAAGUCCUGAGCCUGACCAAGGCCAGGCUGGCCCCUGGGGCUGCUGUCAGGCUGACCCUUAUGACCCCUGCCUCCAAUGCAGGCCAGAACAGUGUGGGUCCUUAGAUGUACCCACCACGGGGCCAGUGGGGAGGAGCCCCAACCUUUCCAAGUCACCAGCACAUGAUCCCCUCUCAGAAAAUGCCCAGGGUUCUGCGAAAAUGGAAGAAAAUGAAUUCAACAGCUGUGGGUCUGCAUCAUCCCUUGGCACCCCUCACCAUAUCACCCCCCCAGUGCUACCUCGAAAAACAAGGCCUCUUCAGAAGAGUGGAGAUGAUUCCUCCGAAGAAGAGGAAGGGGAAGUAGAUAGUGAAGUUGAAUUUCCACGAAGACAGAGGCCCCAUCGCUGCAUUAGCAGCUGCCAGUCAUAUUCCACCUUUAGCUCUGAGAAUUUCUCUGUGUCUGACGGAGAGGAGGGAAACACUAGCGACCACUCAAACAGUCCUGAUGAGUUAGCUGAUAAACUUGAAGACCACCUGGCAGAGAAGCUGGACGAUCUGCUAUCCCAGACGCCGGAGAUCCCCAUUGAGAUAUCCUCCCACUCGGAUGGGCUCUCCGACAAGGAGUGUGCUGUGCGCCGUGUGAAGACGCAGAUGUCCCUGGGCAAGCUAUGUGUGGAGGAGCGUGGCUACGAGAACCCUCUGCAGUUCGAAGACUCAGACUGUGACUCUUCAGAUGGGGAGUGUUCUGAUGCCACAGUUAGGACCAAUAAACACUACAGCUCUGCUACCUGGUAAUGAAGGAACACCCAUCCUGAAGAUCUCAUGAUGUGCUGGUGUUUCAGAUCCUCCACACCCCUAGAUUCCUCCCUUUCUCUUUCUGCUUUUUGUCUGGGAAGAGAACUGCCCCAUUUGUACUACCCCUAGAAAUGAGCUGCAAUAACAGGAACAUGAGACUUUGCAAAUCUCUGGAAAAAAAUAUCCAAAUGAAAUUAAGUCUCACUGAACAUUUCAAUCAAGAAUGGCAGGGAUCUAUUUUAUUGAAUAUUCUAGCUACUGUAAUAUUGAUAUUUAUUUUUGUUGAACAUUUUAACACUUUGUACUGUAAAGAGUGAACUAUAUAUGAUAUAGAGAGAGACAAUAAUUUCUUGCAAAAAACAGAGAAAGAAAAGAAAAAGAAAGAAGAGGACUUUAAGAGCAACAUACUUGGGACUAUUUGGGGCCAGGAGGUAUUAUUGCUGCUUGAACAGGGGACCAGGUCUUUUGGCCAUAAGUGAGUGAAGAGCCCGAGCAAGACAUAUUGAGCAUUUUAGAACACAAAGAACAGCAAAGGAAAGCGCAAUUCCAGGUAACCUGUGAACACACCACAUUAAGUUCAACCAGCUUGUCCAGGUGGGUGAUGGAAAUGACCUAGAAAAGUUGGGUGACCAGAGAUAUUAAAGGCAUGUGCUUCCUCUAGGAGGAGAUAAACAAACAAAACUGUACAUGGAAACUGACUUCAUUUUUUUAAACUUUAAGCAGCAUUUGGUAGUGAGGCUUACAGAUAGCAUCACACCUUGUCCCUGGCAAAUACUUCCCUUUUUAAUACUGUCAUUGUCAUUACCUUGGCAAAUGUAUUACCUUGACCAAUGUGUUGAUCUUUCAGACUCAAGUGCCAUUUUCCUAUAGCUUUUUUCCUUUCUACCUGUUGACCACUUCCUUUAGGAAAAAGGGAGGAGUUGCUGAGGAGAACAGGAUGAGAGAGAAAGAACAUUUACAGCAAUGUUAGGAAAGCAGAUGUGGAAUCUAUGAAAGCAUGUUCUCAGGAUGGUCAGUUCAGCUCUAUGGAGAAGAUGGAACCACCCCUCUCUAGAACCAGGUGGUUUGUCUGCUAGAAUCAUAUUGAUUCAAACAGGAGAAUAGACUUUGAAGGCAGCUAGGAUGUGUGUGUGUGUGUGUGUGUGUGUGUGUGUGUGUGUGUGUGUUUCUGUCUGUCCAGUGUCCAAUCCCAAACCAUCCCCUUGUUUUUAUUCAUUAACCCAUUCUAUCCUGGAAGCUUUAGUAACUGGCCGUCAUUGGUAGAAUAAAGGUAAAAUAAGCAACUUGCAAAAAGCAACCCCUUUUCUACCACAGUAGCAUUUUUGUUACAUGCUACUUGUAAAAUAUAUUUUACUUCACGCUAAAUCAGUGCAGUUUUGAUUAAUUGAAUUUGGAAAUUCAUGGAAAGAACAACUGAUUUUGAGCAGGGAAUUGGAAAGAUUUUUACAUUAUCAAAAGCUUGAGGUUUUUCCUGUCUCCAGGGACAUGGGUUCUGAAAAGCAUCAAAAGGUACUUCAUAGUACCUUGGCUUUAAGGAAAUUUUUAUCUAGAAUUUUAUAUACAAAUAAAUGUUGACCUAAUUCCUGUCUCUGACUCCAAGAAAGCUUACACUUGCUCUAGACCCUCUGAUAGUGUCAUGUUGGAUGUUAGGAAAGACUUGCAAAUACUAAACCAUUUCCAAUGCAGAAGAAAAUGGUACCCUCCUCUGGGUUCCAGUGAUUGCAUCAGCCAAAAAUGAAAGGCAGGAGGGAAUUUAGAGCAGUUCCUUUUGUUUGUUUGAUCCCUCCAUUUGUUUACACUUUAUGUUGAGAAACUGAUUUAAAAUUUAGUAUCUAUAAUUUAUAGUUCUUCAGUAGGAUGAAAGAAAAUGUUUAACUUAUACAGAAAGCAGUAUUGUUUGCAUUAAAUUAUUCCAUUUUGUAUAAAUUCUGUAGCUGGACUACAUGAAAGAUCUUAAGUUAUGGCAUUAUUAUCAUUGUUAUUUUAUUUUAUAAUAUUAUCAUUCUCAUUUUCUGUUGAUCAGAAGGUGCAGUUUAUGAUGUAGCACAAUGAUUGUGUUUAUUGCUAACCAUGAAUCACUAUGGAUUUUAUGAUUUUAAUGAUGGUGUGAACAUGGGACUGCCACUUAGGAGCUCCCUGGUACUCACCAUAGUUGUGUCCCUAAUUUUCUGUGUACAAGGAUCUUCUGAAGAUGCACAUUCUGCCCCAAAGCUAAAUGGACACAGUGUGGUUUUGACUCCAUCGUGAAAGUUCCUGGCAGGCAGAUGACAGAGGGUGGACGAAUUGUGCAAAACUGUAAACUUUCUCAAAUUUCUUAAGAAAUAAAAUCAUGGGACUGCAUUAGAAGCAAAAAGAAUUAUUUAAUGCCCCCAAGAGGAACAAACCUAAAAAGUUCGUGGGACUCAUGGAUUAAUUUCAAGAAUCGACAACAUGGUUUGUAAUCUCCUUCCUGCCAGAGCCCACAAAACCAACCUUCUCUCCUAAAUGGGAGUAGCAGGAAGACUAAAAGAAGAAAUAUAUAUUUAUAUUUCCUAGUCAUGAUGUCAUCCCAUAAUGAAACUAAAGAAAUUCAAGGAGGCCAAGUCACAUAGAGGAUAUGGGGCUUAGAAAAGUACCCUGAAAGAUGCUAUUUUGCAUUCUCUGACUUCAGAUUCCCCUGCACUUUGAAUCUUUGUGGUUCAUUGCUCCUUGGAAUGAAGGAUGCUACAACAGUAUCCUGCUUCUGUUCAACAAAUAUAUCCACACUUGUUUGUUCAGGUUUUUACCCACUUUUAGUGGCAACAGAGAAAUAUGAAGGUCAACAUUUGUCUUACACCUUUCAGUGAUGGUCUUCCUGAAAAUUCACCCCUGAUGCCUCAUAAUUUUGAGCAAUUUUUUGAAUUCUUUUCUUGUCAUACUAAUACCAACUUAUCUUGAUUUACUAUUAUGAGCAUGUUAGGGAAGUAGAUAGCCUUGAAUCUUCAGACAUUCACUAGUCAAGAUUUUAAUAAAGUCCUCAUUGAAUAUCUUUUGAGUAGAAUUGACUAGAGGUUUCAGAAAAGAAUGGUGUCCUUAGUCAAGGUUAAAAGGGAGGGCGGGGAUGUAGCUCAGUAGUAGAACACUUGCCCAACAGAUGUGAUGUCCUAAAUUCAAUCCCUAGCACCUCAAAAAAAGAAAAGUUAAAAGGGAAUUGCCUUCUUUAUCCCAGCCUUGUCCUUCAUUGCCUGACUUGUGAAAAUCUUGAAUUGAUGUUUCCUUGAGAACAGCUCCAUAGUCGUUGGAAGAGAGUUGAAUCAACAGCUUAUUCUUUGGUCCUAUCAGCCUGAGUUGGGCUUCAAGGAACCUCAUGGGACUAUGACUUCAAGCUUCCUCACAACUGAAAGUUUAACCCCCUUGGGCGGGGUUGAGGAUCCAUGUUCAGCUCACUUCAAGAUGAGUUUCAAUUUAUAUUGCAGAUGAGCAUUUGGUUUUAAUUUCCAUUUUUUUUUUCUAGAUCAAGUCCUCAAAUACCAAUUUCUCUUAAAAUUGGUUAGCAGAAGGACUGAGUAGCCCAUAUCCACUUUGAAAUUAUAGUGGAUCUUACAACCAUUCAAGUUUAGACCUGUUUGUAAGACUGUGGGGAGCUCCCACCCAGAAACUGAAGAUGCUAUCUCACUGUCUUAAGCUGAUUUGGGAUGCCCUACUUGAAGUUCAAAUACUUUAAAACUUUAGUGUCAACAAAUUCAUCCUUCUAGGAUUGAGAUCAUUUUUAGUAGGAUUUAAUAAGUUCUGGACAUUUACGUCAGGUCUUUUUGUGCUAAGUUGUUCUUCUGUCUUACCCUAAAUGUGAUGGUUUUGGAUUUCCCUGGCAGUAGCCUAUCAGAUUUAAAUGCCCUCCUCCAUCAUGGGGCACUGGCACCCUCUUUGUGAAUGCAUUCUCAUUGAUCAGAUGCUUUACUUUUUUUUCUUCAUGCCUUUAUGUCUCAAUUUUUCCUUAAAACAUUCCUACUUGAACUUCCAAGAACUUCAUUCUCCAGAACAGAACAGAAUAUUUGGAAUCCAAGGCAUUCCUGUCCUGCUGCACAGAACAGUGUGGUACAUCUCGUUUUCCCACUAACCCAGAUACCAGAACACCACCAUAUACCACCAUCCUCCACCUCCAUCCUAAAUACUGAAGACCAGCAUUACUUAAGGAGCACCAUGUUCUUUCCUACUAAGUCUAGCUAUAGUCUCAAAACCACUCACAACACAGCACUUGGAGCAACAAUUACCACUAGAUUGGAACUGGUGUACAAAGGGAAAUUUGUUUACUAUCCCAGCUUUAAACUCAUCAUUAUUUCUGAAAGGUGGUUUGAGCUCUUGAGUUUGCCCUGAUGGAAGAACAGGUUUACAUCAGUGUUUUCUUUCUGGAUCCCACCUGAGGCGGGCAGGAACAGUACCAAGAUGGGGAAAAUGCCACUCACUUCUAUUCACUGCCCUUUUGGACCAUAAUUCCACUUGAAUAUUCACCAAUCACUGAUGCAUCAACUUCCAAAUGUCUCUUCAAUCAUUUAAUUAUUGAAUGAACAUGUUCCUCCUUCACCUUCUAUAAACAGGAAGUUAAUGUUCUAAGUCCUGGUUACUUGCUUCCUUCCAAGAUACCAUGAGACUAACGUGACAUUCUUUUCAAGACAUGUCUUGUACUGUCAGUAUGAAUUUAGUGCCUUUCCAGGCAGCAAGGUUUUUCUUUGCUGAUUUCAUAGAACAAAUGUCACACCACCAAUGUUUCCCACCUUAGAGAUCGGCCCAUUAGAAUCACUAGUCUGCUUAUUUGCAUGUUACAACUGAUACUGCAAAUUGGAAUGGAUGACGCUGCUAAGUGGAGGACGCUUGUGGAACCUGGAGUAUUUCUCAGGGACAGGUGGCAGAAAAGGGGAGCUCUGAAAUUGCAGCUCUGAGAAGCAGAAAAAGGAAUUGGCUUAAGGCUUUGGUUAACCAUUAUGUGGCCAAGGCAUGAUGGCAGGAUUUCACACAAAGCCAACCCCCAAACAGAUGGCAAGGCCACUAUCAGGAAGCUUCCAGCAGAAUCACAGGCCUGCCCAGAGCCACUUCACAGCACUCAGGGGAUCACUGGCUCCUGGCCUCAGGCUGCUGUCCAGUGACCAUGGUCCUCCGAUGGUUGCAAGCCAGAGGGAACCCCAGCCAGGACAUGCAAGCUGUUAGGGAGAUGUCCCAUCGACCAUAUCACCCCAGUGGCUCUCCACCUCCAGAGUAACUACAUCCCAGACUCUGGAAGUAGGAAGAUUCCUUAUUACGAUAAUUUGAAUUACUUCUAUUUUGGAGUAAAUGAAUUUUUUGUGGUUGGAUCUCAAAAUGAAUUCCCUCAUCUGUCUCCCCUGCGGUCACCUGCACUGUCCAUUCCCCUGCUCCCUGUGUUGUUUUCUGAUGCUGGCUCCCUCUUUGUAUUGAACAGCAAUGGAACAAGAAUGACUAUCAAAGCAAACAAAUGCAUGAAAUUAAACAAAAAGUAUACUUCACUGUUUUCUGGUCCUUUCUUUUCCUAAAGGUACUGUUUGUAUCCUAUGAGUUGUCUUAACAAAUGUCUCAGUAUUUGUCAGAACCUCUGAAAAUAAAAGACUUUACAUGAAUAGGUUUUCUGCAGCCAAGAAAAAUAGAUGGGGAAAAGUCAGUUUCUGUGAUUCUUGGGUUUCAGUAACAAGCACAAAAGGAGGAUAUAGCCAUCAUUUUUGCUAUUCUCUUCUUGAGUUUUCUGUAAAAGCCUAGACAGGCACUCUGCUUCUUGCCUGUGCUAUUCUGCUGCUCCACCUGCAGGGUCUUCGGUUACUAGUGACCCUACUAUAACAUGAGUGGAGAAAGGAAAACGGGAAUCUGGAAUCAUUUUGGUGCAAGGCCUGGUGAUACUGGAAAGCUAAACACCAUUUGGGAACACCCAAUUCCCACUGGUAAAGGCAGUUAAAAGCAACAUGUAUAACAAAGAUUUAAGUCCAUUUAUUUAUUACAGAACAUUUAUAUCCAUUUAUUUGGUAAAUCACUUUACUUGUAAACUCAUAAGUACUUUACUUGUAAACUGAUAAGGCACAUUGUUGCAAAAUCAUGCAGGAAGGAGACAGAUGGAAAGAGGCAAAGAUCUGAAAAGGGGCAAAGAGUACAUGUUUGCAACAGUGUGGAAAACGUCCUGGCUCUCCCCUCCCUCUAUUCCCCAACACUAAAAGCCACUGAUUACAAAGUCCAGAUAGGCCUCCUCCUCACCUCAACUCAUUUUCAAGCCUUUUUUUAAAAAAAGAAACACAUUCUUGAAAGUGAAGUCUUUGCUGUGAAAAAAUCAUACCAUGUCCAAAAAACACCACUUGGGAAUCCAUUCUUCCUAUGGAAUGUAAGUUCCAAAGAAUUCAUAUAGAAAAAGAGGCUCAGAUGAAAGCCUUGGCAAGAUUCUUAGCCAAUCCAAAUUAAAAAAAAAAAAAAAAAACAAAACAAUGGAUGAUGCCCAAGAGUAGCAAUUCUGAUAAAUUAUGAUGAGGA